AGAAAUCACCUGCCGAUUGUAUUAAUCGCGCGGCGCCGCGCACCACCACCACUACUAUCACCACCACCACUACUACCGCCGUCGUCGCCGUCGUCGACGUCGUCGUCGUCGCGGCUGUCUUGCCUGCGUCGCGAAAAAUCGCCAAGGCGUUUAUCACCUCGUACAAAAGCGUGCCGAUCGCUCGCUUGUCGGCCGAUCUGUCUUUCUUUCUCUCUCUCUCUCUCUCUCUGUCUUUAUUUAUCUCUCUUCCUCUCUCCCUCUCGCGAUUUCGGGCUUUCUCUACGAGCCUUUAUCGAUCGUAGAUGUCUCCCGACCGUGCUGCGGUCGGUCCAUCAGCUCGUUUCACUCGCGUUAACAGCGCUCCGCGCGCGCGACCUGGCAACACGCGCUCUCCCCUCCAUUUCCUCCCCUCCCGGCCCACUCACCCCCGUCCAACGCUAUCUCCUGUUCUCUCUUUCUUUCUCUGGCGCGCGUUACCGAGUGGCUUCCUCUCUCGUGCGCCCUCGGAAAGAGGAUAGCGUAGCCGGCGCAGCUGUGCCGCCAGCUUGAGAACCGUUACAGGACGAUCGCUUGUCGUCUCGGGUCUCGCGAUUACGAAAUCGCGAGAAGAGUUCACCGGCAGGUGUGACCAGGUGCGACGCGAGAUCAACCGACACGAUCGGGGGAAAAAACGGAAUCGCGCUUUCUCGCGCCUUUAUCUCGGUCACGCUUUUCCCCCGUUCACCGGAAAUGAAGGGUUAUGAGCGAACGCCUUCCCGCCAAAAACACUCAUCGACGUCGAGAGUUAAUUAGUUCAACCUCGGGUCGCAUGGACGCGUUCUGUCAUGCCUGUUCAGCCGCUUGCACUGUUUUGCAGAAUGCAGUUUGUGCAGCGGCUCAGUCGUUAUCAGUUGCUGUUAUAGUUCGUAUUAAUUUGCAGUCGCUUGAAAGAUUAUUGGCGUAAAGUAAAGCUAACGAUUCUUAAUAGGAAUUGUAGCCGAGUGAUCGAUGUAAGCUGAUACAUAGGAAAAGAAGUCGACUAAUUACGCAUUACAAUAUAAAAUGGAUAUGAAGUUUAGCAACGUAACGUUGGACACGCAAGAUUGAUCGGCUUUUUUACGAAUUCGCAGAAGGAAGGGUGUGUCACAUUCGAUACUUGACGCAGCUGUGUCACGUUUCUCUGAAGUUUAUCGCAGCACAGUGAUUCGGUUGUUUCCUGCAGGCCGAAUUUGGACGGAUCUAGCUUGAUUGAGUGACUACAUUUCGAAGAGGAUGGAAAGCGAGAAGUAUUCGACGGCCGAUCAUAAACUGAAGACCUAUUUGGCGUACAGCGUCAUCCUCCUCGGUUUUUUCGCCUUCGCCGCGUUCAAGACGACAAAGGACAGGACGAUUGUGUCGGUGAUCGCGACCACCUUCGUCGCAUCCGUCUUCCUCGUGAUCUUUCUGCUUUGCGACGUGACACUACGUCUGUGCCAGACGUUGAUCUCGUUCACCACUAACGUGAAUCAGCAUUCCGAGGAGAGCUUCUGGUCAGUAGCGAAGUAUCACUUCUCUCUGAAUACCUUGUCGGCGACAAUCAUCAUCAUUGCCGCAUUGCUGUUUCUGGGCUUGAGCAUCACCAUUCGUGGGUGCCCUUUGAGAUACGCCUGGGAUUUCGGGCCGUACAUGUGCGUGCCACUGAUGAUAUUUUCCUUCUGCCUAGUCAGGAUGAGUAACUUGGCUGAAUGGGAGACAGGAUCGCUGUCUGAUCUCAAUAUUAUGAAGGGUCUGGAUUAUGGCACGGGUAUGGCGUAUAAUUUCUACUAUGGCUAUCUGCGGCUUACUCUACCAUCCAGUGAAACCGGGAAGAAGGGCAUAAUCGAGAAAAUCGAAAACUUCGAGGACUAUCACAAUGUGACAUUUCCAGUACACAAGUUAUUUCUUUUAAUACCAUCUUCUGGAUACAUCCCACCAGACUUAAAAGAAGCAUCCUGUCAGUGGAUGGAAAAUAUACACGAGCUAGAGGAGGAAAAACGUAACCGGGCUGGGAAUAUAGGUAGGACGUAUCGCAAUAAUGCCUACAAGAUAUAUCCUGGAGGAAGAAAGUUGGGUAAUAAACCGAUAUAUAUAGUGGUGGAAGGUGCGACACCUUUGUUAACAUACUACGAAGUACAGAAACACAAUCAUCCUGAAUCUGCUAUAUAUAAACAAUAUAAAUCUAAGAUUAUCGAGAAAUUUUAUACUAAACUACAAGAAAUUUUACAAAGUAACCCAGAAACCAGAGAUUUGUGUGAAUUAAUUUAUUAUGAUGAUUUCGACGCGCAAGGAAACAAAAUUAACGUUGCAACAAUACUUUUAGAAAGAAUAUCAAAAAUAACAAAUUUUGCAUAAACAGAAAUUUUUUGAAAGAAAUUAGGCAACGUAGAUGAAAUUGUGAUAAAUUUUAUAUCUGAUAAUGUAUUAUGUCAAUGUUUGUGCUCUAUUCUACAUUUAUGUAUACAGUUUAAAAACUGUUAUAAAUUAAUCCAAUAUUUAUCUACAGUGCAAAACAAUAUAAUGUAAGCACUAUUUGAA